UCCAUCCAAAACCCUAACAGAAACCAGAAAAGAACAAUGUCAAUCGUGUUUCUAAACAUCUUAACCCCUUCAUCUUCUCGUUUAAAACCUUAUCUCGGAAACCCUAAUUCAUUGCAUCCAAUCACCUCCCGCCAUCUCAGCUUCCCCAUUUCGGAUUCCAGUGUUUUGCAUUCACAAACCCGAAAUUUUCUAAACUUCAACUCCCACCGUCUAUCUUUUAAUUCCUUUCUCAAAGCCUUCAACUCGGAUUCUUCAAUCGCCAGCUCACCAGAACAAAAUCCCAAUUUGAAUGCCAAUUUAGAUUAUUUUCUGUCCGCCGCUGAACUUUUGUGCAUUUUCUCUUCGGCUGUUGUUUCGGCUGUUUAUGCCGUUUUGGAUUGGAAAGGUGUCGUUUUUGGUGGGAUUUGGAGAAGUGUCUUGGUGUGGAGAGUUUUAGGAUUGGUGGGUGGGAUUGCCAUCGGCGCAUGUAUUAGGAGGCGGCAGUGGCGGAGAAUUUGUGUAGAAACGGCAAGGGCUGGUGGAAAAGGAUUGAAUUUGGUUGGUAGAAUUGAGAAAUUAGAGGAGGAUUUAAAAAGUUCCACGACGGUUCUCCGUGUUUUGUCUAGGCAACUUGAGAAGUUGGGGAUUCGAUUUCGGGUAACAAGAAAAGCUUUGAAACAGCCUAUUGAAGAGAAUGCAGCCUUGGCUCAAAAGAAUUCUGAGGCUACUAGAGCCUUGGCAGCUCAAGAAGACAUCCUGGAAAAGGAGCUCAAGGAAAUCCAGAAAGUUUUGCUGGCAAUGCAGGAGCAACAGCGAAAACAACUUGAGUUAAUCGUUGCAAUUGCAAAGUCGGGGAAGUUGUUUGAAGACAAGCGGAAACCUAGCCAAGAGAAAGAUAUUGUUGAAGCAUUUAAGUCAACUGAGGAGGCAAAACAAAUGGAAGUCCAUCAGAGUCAACCUUUAGGAACAGCCAGGGGAUCUAGCAAUGACAAAGAGUAAGAACUCUAAGCAGCAAAUGUAAUUGGUGUAUAUGCAACAGUGUAAUAUCAGUUUGUCUGAUCCUUCAGUAUGAAAGGCUUGUGAACUGCCAUGGAUGGGCAUAACAUUUUUUUUGGAUUCUGCUUGCCUGUUGGCGAAUUGACCCUUGCAGCCUGCUGCAAUUGAAGAUCGAGGAAGUGCUAGAAGUGUAUAAAUUAAUUAAAUGGAACACUUGCUUAUUUUCAGUUGAGCAUAGAAACAUGCCAAGAUGAAAGAAAUGGCUUUUUU